CACCGAUGAGACAUUCACACCAGUGAUGAGACACUCAUUCAUCAGUCGUCUAUUGAUUAGCGUUUAGUUUAAUGUCUUCGCAAUAGGCGUAGUGUUUGUGUCAUAACCGCAAAGUAUUGUCUCAUUUGUAUCGCAUUUGUCGAUGACUUGUGAUCUGUGUGUCCAUUGUGUGACAGUAUAGUCAUCGCCGGUCAUGGACUUCAGCGCCAAGAGUCUCAAGGGGUUGGUGUCGGACGUGGGAACCGUCUUCACGCGAGCCAAACAGUACGCCGAAGAGACGAUAGGAACCGCUGAGAAGACCGAAUUGGACGCACAGUUCGAGAGUUUGGCCGAAAGAGCCGACAGGACUAAGUUGUGGACCGAAAGGAUCGUCUCGAAGACCGAAGCAGUAUUACAGCCCAACCCAAAUACUCGUUAUGGAGACAUGAUUUUUGACAAAUUAGGUCCCGAGAAGAGGGAACGCAUGCGAAACCUGGAGUCGUUGGGCACCGACAUGAUAGACGCGGGCAUAGAGUACGGUCCGGGAACGGUGUACGGCUCGGCGCUCAUCAAAGUGGGCAAAGCCGAGCAAAAUCUGGGCCAAACUGAGCGCGAAUUCGUGGCCAACUCUGACAGAAGUUUUGUGCUGCCGUUGAGGAAGUUCUUGGACGAAGACAUGAGAACUAUAACUAAAGAGAGAAAGAUUUUGGAGACCAAACGGUUAGACUUAGACGCGGCUAAGAAUCGGCUCAGAAAAGCAAAGACUAUGGAAUCGCAGACUAAUGUAAGUGACCAUUGAUUGUCUCAUU